AUGAACUACAAGAAGUACAGCAUUGCCAGAAUAACCUGUGCCACUGUGGAGACUAAAGACCAGAAGAAACACAGAAAGAAAUUUUACAGAAAGAAAAACAGUGGGCCCAAAGCUGAAAAGAAAAAGAAGCGGCAUCUGCAGGAUCUCCAGCUAGGAGAUGAAGGAGAUGCCCAGAAGAGAAAUCCCAAAGCCUUUGCAGUUCAGUCUGCUGUGCGGAUGGCUCGAUCCUUUCACAGACAUAAUUAUUGUUUUGAAUAUUCUGUUGCGUUAUGUUUGAGGAAGUUUUUAGCGAUAGUGGGAAUGCGGGAAGUUUUGAUAGAGGUGAAGACACCUGGAACUGAACAGCAGGAUCAUGGUAAAAAGCGCAGACUCGCCAUUAUUGAAUGUGGGUGUGACAUUAACAUGAUGAUUGAUCUGGCUAAAGUAGCAGAUCUGGUACUGAUGCUUAUAGAUGCCAGCUUUGGGUCUGAAAUGGAAACCUUUGAGUUUCUAAACAUCUGUCAAGUACAUGGGUUUCCUAAAAGUAUGGGAGUUCUCACCCACCUUGACUCCUUCAAGCAUAAUAAGCAACUGAAGAACAAGCGAUUAAAACACACGUUCUGGACAGAAGUUUUCCCGGGUGCCAAACUGUUCUACCUUUCUGGAAUGAUGCCUGGAGAAUAUCAAAACCAAGAAAUCCACAAUCUAGGCCAUUUUAUUACAGUUAUGAAGUUUAGGCCUUUCACAUGGCAGACUUCUCACCCUUAUAUCCUGGCAGACAGGAUGGAAGAUUUGACAAACCCAGAGGAUAUCCGAACAAACAUCAAAUGUGACUGGCAGGUGUCACUUUAUGGUUAUUUAAGAGGAGCACACUUGAAAAGUAAAAGCCAAAUUCACAUGGCAGGGGUAGGAGAUUUUGCCAUGAGUGACGUCAAUUUCCUUCCAGACCCUUGUGCUCUUCCUGAACAACGAAAGAAGCGCUGUUUAAAUAAGGAGAAGCUGGUUUAUGCGCCUCUUUCUGGAGUUGGGGGUGUGCUGUAUGACAAACACGCUGUCUAUGUUGACCUUGGUGGCAGCCACGGUUUUCAGGCAUCAGACGAGUUGGGGCCCACCCAUGAGCUGGUCCAGACUUUCUUCUCCACUCACUCCACCAAGAUGGCUUCAAGUCGAGCGAUGCUAUUUUCUGGUUCCAAGCCACUUGGGUCAGAGAAUAUAGAUAAUCAUGGUGUCAGAGAUGGCUUUGGAUUCCCAGUUCUGUGUGCUCCUGUCUGGCUCCUGAACCCACCUGGAGAGGUGAGUCUGGUGAAGUACUGA